ACUGUUUUUGGUAUCGUAUGACAGCUCGCCUGUCGGUUUAACGCGGGGCUAUUAAACAAAAUUGUGAUUUGGAAAUAAAUGCAGCGCAUAAAAAACAAUUAAUAUUGAUGCAACUGGCGAACUCUGACACAACUGCACUUACAAGUGCUCCAAUCUGCGAAUAGUGUCUCCCAGAAUGUAGUUAUCUUCAACAUUGGCAAACCACAAACAUAUCGAAUUGUUUCAAAAAUAUUUUGUUUUGUUAUUAAAAUGCGCUUUAUACGUCGUGGUGUGGUUAAGCUCGUGCUUAUCUGCACGAUAUUAGUAAUGUUUGUUACAUUUCUGUUGCUUAACUCUGAGCCGGAAGAUGUAGAUAAAACCAUUAAAAUUGAAAUAAUUGAGCGAUCGAUAAGGUCUGUCAUGAAUCAAGGGGAAUGCCGCCAACCCCAUUUACCAGUGGAUAAUCCCGUUAUAAUGAAAUUUUACAUGCCGGUUGAUAAAAUAAAAUGCGGAUCCCAGACAGAUUGGGUUAUGUGUGAGAAAUCGAUAUGCUUUGUGAAGCCCGAAAUAACUGCAGUACAUGGGGACAUAACAUGCUCAUAUACGGAUAUUAUUCGCAAAUCGGACUACACUGCGCGCUUUGGACGAACCGUUCGAAUAAAGGAGCCAUAUGUGCUGCAGAAGAGCGAUUUCGUUCGUGUAGCAUGUCAUGCGGCUAGCGGUGAGAAAUGGUUUGGUAUGGCGUUUGGUAUACGGGACACUGUGCAAAGGCCCGUAGUGCCCAAUGUGGCUGCGUUGCCUGCCGAAAUUGUUAUUGCCAGUUCACAGCACCAACAAGCCCAUCUGAAGGAGCUGCCGACAAGUCCAUUUUUCAAUGUACUGAUGUUUGGUUUCGAUUCUUUGAGUCGAAAUGCUUUCAUACGUAAGCUACCGCGCAGUUAUGCCUAUUUAACUCAGCAGCUGGGCGCCAUUGUACUGCAGAGCUAUAAUAUUGUUGGUGAUGGUACUCCACAGGCGUUGGUGCCUCUGCUCACAGGUUACACGGAAUUGGAGCUGCCGGAAACAAGGAAACGGGUCUCGAGCUCUGGUAGUGUCGAUGCAUAUCCAAUGAUUUGGCAGGAUUUUGCGCGACUCGGCUAUUUGACCUCAUUCAAUGAGGAUUUGCCAUAUGUGGGUACGUUCACGUAUCGCAUGAAUGGCUUCGAUUCGCAGCCCGUGGAUCAUUAUUUGCGCACGUUUUACAUGCAGGCCUCGAACAUGCUGAGUGGCAGUGCUCCCAACUGUAUUGGCAACCAACCAGAUCAUCUAGUCAUGCUCGACUAUACCAAGAAUUUUAUGCUGAAGUAUCGUGACUCGCCACGUUUUGUAUUCAGCUUUCAUGGUGGUCUCUCACACGAUUCUAUUAAUCUUGUGGGCGCUGCCGACGACGAUGUGCACGAUUGGCUGGUGUCGCUCAAGGAGAAGUCUCUGCUUGAUGAUACCAUUCUAAUAUUCAUGGCUGAUCAUGGCAACCGAUUUGCCGAAGUGCGCGCCACUCUUCAAGGCAAACAGGAGGAACGUCUACCUUUCUUUAGCUUCACAUUUCCUGAAUCAUUUAAGAAGCGCUUUCCCCAGGAGUAUAACAAUUUUGUGGAGAAUGAGCACCGACUCGUCACACCCUUCGAUGUGCAUGCCACGUUCAAGCAUCUGAUACAGAUGCAAUCAGCUGGGCUAAAUGAACAGACAGCUGACAACAGCUACGAUGUCCUCAACAAUGACAUCAAAACGGAAACCAAUCAGCCAAAAAAUAUACACAUCUCGGAGCAAGCGCGAGGUCGGGCCAUAUCGCUCUUUGAGCGCAUACCUAGCAAUCGUUCAUGCGCGGAUGCGUACAUCGAGCCACAUUGGUGCGCCUGCCUCAACUGGCAGCCGUUGCAAUUGAAUGACAGUCGUUACGAGGGCGCUAUUCUCAAAGCGGCCAACAGCAUAGUGGAGACAAUCAAUGCGGCAACUCUUGAACGACGUCAGUUUUGCGCACCACUUCAAUUGCUGCGCAUCAACUGGGCGCUGCGACUGCAGCCACACAAAGAACUAUUGCAAUUUAAAACGAAUAGUGACAAAGAUGGCUUUCUAGCCGAUUUGAGCGGUCACACAGAGGUACACGAUGUGUUCUAUCAGGUGCAACUAGUCACCCAGCCAGGCCAGGGGCUGUAUGAGGCGAGCGUGGCCUACAAUUUAAACACACACGAAAGCACAACUAAACUCUCAGAUAUCUCACGGGUCAACAAGUACGGGUCCCAGGCCAAAUGUAUUUACGAGCGUGAUCCAGAGCUGCGCAAGUUUUGCUACUGCCGAGACUAAAAAUCUAGUCAAUGCACAAACAAGCUGCAUUCAAUUUUGUUAUUAUCUCUCGCAAUAUUUUACGUAUACUUAAUAUGUACUGAAUACGGAAACACUGUAUUAAGGUGCCGCCGAUUUAGCUCUUGGCAUAUCCUUUUAAGUUCAAAGCUUGAAGCUCUCUCCUACUUAGUUCCUUAAUGAAACAAAACUCAAAUAUUUUGAUACUGAAAAAUACACAAUUAUUAUUUUUA